CGCGCCGCCAUCUUAGCCCGGGAGGCACCGCCGGACCCAGCGGGAUCGGGGCGGGCGGUACCGGUACCGGCAACAUGAGCGGUCCUAACGCCCCUUCCAGCCUGCAGCCUUUGCUGGACACUCUGGAGGACCCCGCCGCCUCGCUGGGUGAUCUCACCGACGCUCACCUCGCCAUCGUCAAUCGCUUGACUGGUGAGGAAGGCAAAGAAUUCACUGCAGAUGCCAGAAAAUUGUUCCCUCAGCUGUGCAAAGCAUUUAAGGUACACAUUUCUAAUCCAAACUCAGAGCUAAAUAAUGCAGCACUGCAGGCACUGGGGUUCUGUGUUUUUAAUUCAAAGCUGACAUCAGAAUUAUCUGCCUCUGACACGCAGGACCUGCUCUCCACGGUGAACAGUGUGGCUGUGAAAACCUCAGACAAAAACACACGCACUCGGGCACUUUGGGUCAUCUCCAAGCAGGCAUUUCCUUCUGAAAUUGUUCAAAAGCAGGUUUCCAGCAUUCUUUCUACCCUGGAAACAAUCCUGACCAAAGGAGAUGUGCAGUCCAUGGUGGUUGAAUAUGAAGCACUGAAUGUCAUCAUCCGCCUGAUGGAACAAGCCCCAGCCCAGAUGGGAGAGGAGGCAGUGAGGUGGGCAAAGCUGAUCAUUCCCCUGGUGGUCCAUUCUGCUCACAAGGUGCAGCUACGAGGUGCCACUGCCCUGGAGAUGGGGAUUCCACUGCUCCUCCAGAAGCAGCAGGAGGUGGCAGCUGUCACUGAGCACCUGAUGACCACAAAAUUAAUCUCAGAACUCCAGAAAUUGUUUGCCACAAAAAAUGAGACUUACGUGUUAAAACUGUGGCCACUCUUUGUCAAACUACUGGGGAAGACUCUGCAUCGUAGUGGCAGCUUCAUCAACUCAUUGCUGCAACUGGAGGAACUUGGAUUUCGUAGUGGCUCACCAGUGGUAAAGAAAAUAGCCUUCAUUGCAUGGAAGAGUCUAAUAGAUAAUUUUGCUCUAAAUCCAGAUAUAUUGUGCAGUGCAAAAAGGCUGAAAUUGCUGAUGCAGCCACUGAGCUCCAUCCAUGUGAGAACAGAAGCUCUGGCACUGACCAAACUGGAGGUCUGGUGGUAUUUACUGAUGAGGCUGGGACCUCACCUGCCUGCAAACUUUGAACAGGUGUGUGUGCCAUUAAUCCACAGUACUUUAAGCCUGGAUUCUGCUGCUGCAGUGCCAGGAACUCCCUCCCGUGUCCCAGCCACCCCAGGCUUAGCCUCUGCAACCCCUUCACAGAAAUCAGGUCCUGUCCCCUUUGCCAGUCCUGCCACACCAAGGAUGAACUUGAAUUCCAGUACAGCAGGAUUGGUGAUGGUUCCUUCCAUUCAGCUUUUGGGAAUUGAGAUGCUGCUUCACUUCUUGAUGGGACCAAAAGUUUUAGAUUUUGCCAAGCAAAACAAACUUGUGCUUAGUUUAGAGCCUCUCCAGCACCCACUGAUCAAUGGCCCUUCUUUUUUCUGCAAGCAUGCCAGCACACUCAUCAAUGCAGUUCAGGAUGGCUUUAUUGCAAUUGGAAAAGAAGUUUCUGAAUGCAUGCUGAAUGUUAUAUGGAAGGACAUAAAUGGAUAUGUGAAAACAGCUAUUGAAUCAGGAAAUAAGAAAGAAAAGCAAGGGUCAGAAAUACUGACUCUGUUGCUCCAGGCCUUGAAAAACAUUGUUGUAUCCAGUUCCCUUCCUUUUCAGAAAAUACUGUCCCUCAUUGAUAUCACUGUGAAAGAACUGCCUCCAAAAAUACUGGGAUCACCAGCUUACCAGGUUGCUGAUAUGGAUCUCUUAAAUGGAACACCAGCUUUGUUCUUAAUUCAGCUGCCUUUCCACAGUAACCUCUUGGAAUGCUGUGUAACAGAGGAGAGGUUCUUUGUAAUUCUGGAAACACUUGUGGGCUAUGUUUUGUCUGGGCCUACAUCUCCCCUGGCUUUCAGUGAAUCUGUGAUCUGCAUCAUCAAUCAGAGUGCAAAGCAAGUGGAGAAUAAGGAGCAUCUUGGGAGAAUGUGGAGUCUGGUUGUUAAUCCUCUGACCGAGUGGAUUAAUCGGACUAACGAAGUCAAUCAGGGUGAUGCCCUGGAACACAACUUCAGUGCUGUGUAUAGUGCCCUGCUGCUCCCAGUAGCACACAUCUUCCCCCUGGAGGAGUUUCCACAGCCAACUCUGAAGUCCUUGUUGCACACAUGGUCAGACCUGUACAGAGCCUUUGCUCGCUGUGCUGCUUUGGUUGCUACAGCAGAAGAAAACCUGUGCUGUGAAGAGCUUUGUGCCAAAAUAAUAUCUGGGCUAGAAGGUGAAACUCCAGUAAAUCUCCCAAUGAUGGAUGGACUCACCCACAUUAUAUCAGUUAUGGUUGACUGCAUCAACUUUGCACCAUAUGGUACUAAAUAUCAGCCAAAAACUAGAUCUCCACAGACACCUACAGAUUGGUCUAAGAAGAAAAAGGAGCCCCUUGGAAAGCUUGCCUCUCUGUUUAAACUCCUGGUGAUGCUACUGAACUCUUUCCAUGUGCUCAGUGCCAAAGAAACCUGUUCAGAAACCUUGAUCUCUGUUGGUCCCUCAAUUAUUGCUGUUCUCCACAACAUCAUCAGCCAUGUUUCAUUGCCUUCAGUCAUUGGGACUAUGCUUGCAGUUUUUUCCACACCCCUGGCAGUGUUUUAUGAAAAAACAAAGCUUGCUGAUGUGCCUAAAGUAUACAGUAAUCUCAACAGCAAGCUUGAGAAGCUGCUGGCAGAGAUCAUCCUGUGCUUGCAGUCUCGCUGCACUGGCUGCUGUGACAGUGAGCUCCUGGAGCAGCUCUGCCCCCUGCUCUCUGCAGCCUUUCAGCACAAGAGCAAACAGAUCCGGAACCAGUGUGCCCAGUUCUGGAAUGCAACCUUUGCUAAGACCUCCUCAUUAACCUACCCUGAGGAGUUAAAACCUGUGCUAAGCCAAGCCAAAAAGAAAGUUCCCCUCCUGCUGCCUGGUUUUGAAAGCCUGGAGAUAGGUGAAGAAUCCAGUGCCCCACUCUCAGAUGUGGUGGAAAAUUCACAGUUGGACACAAAGAUCAGUGGGAUGGACAUGAAGCUGGGACAAAAACGAGACUCUUUGUUGGCACAGAUGAGUGAACCAAAAAAUGAAGUAAAAGACAAGUCCAGUAAUGGGCAAGUAACAUCUGCAAAGCUGAAACUAGAAUUUUCACCUUUGAAACCUAAAAGUGAUGUAUCUCUGGAAGAGGGGAACUCUGUUCAGUUUGUGUUUAUUCCUGCAGAAGCAAAAGAGAGAAUAUUGACUGAACAUCAAAAAGAAGUGCUUAGGUCUAAGAGAGUUGGCAUUCCUGCUAUGUACAACAAUUUGGACAUGUCACAAGACACCACCUUAUUUUCUCAGUAUACUCAAAGCCAGGAAGAUUCUUUGGGAAAAUCACCUCUAACAGAAAAUGCCAAAGAAGAUGCUGCUAACAAGCCUCAGGAAGAAAAUGGAAAGAGUGCAGGGUGCACCAACAAACGGGAUGAAACCCCCAAAGUCUGCACAUCAGGUGAUGCUCUGGAGGAUGCUGCCUGUCUGAGAGCCUCGCCUGGCCCUGACCUGGAGAGCAACUCAGCUUCCAACAGCGAGGCCGAGCCCAAAGGGGAUGCAGCCAGAAUGGGUCUGGAGGAGCCCUCAGUUGGAGAGGAAAUAGAAAAAAGUGCUGUGGGAACAGCUUCAAAGGAGCCCUCGGAGAGGAGUGGGGACACUUCCAAUGUCAGCAGCAGCUCCACCUCAAGUGACAUCAUCUCGGGGACGCCGCAGCCUGCCAGCCGGCGGCAGUCCUUCAUCACCCUGGAGAAGUUUGGGAGCUCAGAGAACAGACCCUUCAGCCCCUCGGUGUUGAGCAGCUUCUCAGAGGUGUCUGGAAGUGCAGGGAAACAGGAAAACAAAAAUGUUGGCAAGUCUAAAGCAGAGAGAGCAGGAGAGGAACAUAAAAAGGUUCCGAAAUCUGAGCCCGAGCAAAUCUUUACGGCCAUCCGCAGGCUGACUCGCAGGCAGAGUAAGAUGGAGCACCAUGGGAAUAAGCAGUCCAAGCUGUCAGGCAGGACAGAACAGGAAUCCUUUGCUUCCAGCAGUAUGGAAAAUAGUCAUGAACUCUCUUCUGCAGCAGAAGAAGUGGAGCAGAUUCUCAUGGCUCAGUCCCAAGCUCUCCAUUCUACAGAGGCAGACAUCAAAACAGCUGAAGAUACAAUAGCAGAAAUAGAGAGGACCCGGGCACUGGACAUGGAUUCUAAAGAAAAUACACCCCCCGAGACAGCAGUGACAUCUGAGCAGGUAGCAGGUGAGGAGAGUCAGGCUCAGCAUGGGUCCUCUCAUCAGAAAGCACCAAGGCGCUCUUCAAGACGGCGCUCAGAAGCUGUGGAAAGUGCAGCAGGGAGUGCUGACAAGGAAGAUGGACACCAAAAGAGGGAGAGGAUCAAAGAUGAUGAAAAAUCUGGGCAAAAGAAGGUGCCACAGACUGAAGAUGGUGAAUCCCAAAAGGAGAACGUGGUUUCUGGGAAAACUACAGAAAGUGCCAAUAAAGAAGAAAGCAACCUAUCUGAGAGAGCCUCUGCAGAGGCCUUCAGGGAGUGUCCUGCUUCAAAGGGCCUUGAGGAGGCUGCAAGCAGAAGGAGGUCAGAAGAGAACUUGAAGACUGACCCACAGGGCCAGGACUGUAACUCCAGUGCAGGGGGUCAGAAGAAGGUUGAUCGCCCACGGUACCACACCAGGAGAGCUUCUCAAGGAUUGCUUUCCAGCAUAGAAAACUCAGAGGCUGAUGGUUCUGAGAGCAAAGAAGAAAGCACAAGGAGGAAAAGAGCUGCUAAAGUGAGAAAUAGAAGUGAUUCUCUUGAAGGUAAAUUGAAAGAUCUGCAGCCAGGAAGCCACAGAAAUGAGGUGUCUCUGCAAGGGACUGAAACUAAGAGUCUGGACACAAAUAAAAGUGAACUGAGCACAGGUGCUGUGGUGACACCUGAACAGUGUGACCUGAAAAGCCAAGUGAUUCUUGCAGAUGGUAGGGAAGCUGUGGGAUCAGCCAAAACAGAUUCACACCAUGCACAGAACAGAGAUGAGAUAAAAAACCAGAGCAGCACCUUGAUGGAAUCAUCCCCCACCCCGUGUGUGUCUGAGCAAGAGUCCAAAGCACCAGAGGAAAAGAAACAGGUGGAGAAAAAAGCAAACAUAGAAGACUGUUCAGUUACUGUGCCUGAAAACACCCCAGGAGCCAACAGUCCAGGUGGUGACCUUUCCUCACAGCUACCUGAGUGUCAGCAGAAAAGAAGCAAAAGGCUGAAAAAAAUAAAGAACUGUGAUUGCUGCUGGAAAAAAACAAAGCAGGAAGUGACAUUGGUCACUGAACCUAAAACUGAGAACACUCCUGAACUGAAGGAGCCCCAGAUCAGCCUGGUUCAGACAACUGUAACCACUCCACCCACCUCUGAUGAGAGCUUGUCCAUAACCCCUUGUGCAAUGAGCACCCCCCUGCACCCUCCUAAGGAAGCCAGUGCAUGUGGCGUGGCAGGAACAAGAACAUCUGAAGAUAAUCUGCAAGGAAACAGCAUCGUGGUGGUGGAGGAGGAUCCAGGGGGUGCAGCAGGUGAAAGCACUGACUCCAUAGUGGAAAUGGAAGCAGUGACUGAUGAGAAUGGUGGGGAUGAGCAGUGUCUGUCUGAGUGUGCUUCAGAUGAGCCUGGGGACAGCUCCCUGGCUGCAGAGAACCCAAGUGAAGAACCAGCAGCUACAGAAAAGGAAGAAAUAACACAGAAUGGACAAGUGGAGGAGGUACCUGAGGCACUGGUGGUUGUUAGCAAGCAGCUCAACAGGCUAGAAGGCAAGUGGGAUGGUAAAGAAGAAGCUAAAGAAGAAGCUGAGAACACUAUAGGAGGAACUUGCCCCCUUCAAGAGCAGGAGAUAACAGAGGAACUGGUGGAAACUGAAAUUACAGUGCCUGAAAAUGGGGCCUUAGACAAAGAAGAUGGAGUAGACAAUAUCAGUGUGGAUUCACCUCAGAAGCCAGAAGGUCAGGAGUCUCUGGCCUCAGUGAAUGAGAGCCCUAAUGGUGUGCAGCCACGCUGCAUGUGGUCUCCUUCAGCUUCUCCAUCCACCAGUAUUUUAAAGAGAGGUGUGAAAAGAAACCAAGAGGAUGAUUCCCUGUCACCUGCUAAUAAGAUCCGUCGUGUCUCUUUUGCAAACCCCAUUUAUCAGGAGGAGCUGGCAGAUGACAUCGACAGGAGAAGUCCCAUUGUCAGAUCCCAUUCUUCUUCACCAUCUUCUCGAAGCCUUAAAAUUUUAUCUAACCUUCAGUGUAAGCACAUUACCACUCCAACCAAAGGAUUUCUGUCCCCAGGAUCUCGUAACCAUAAAUUUAAGAGCUCAAAGAAGUGUUUAAUCACUGAGAUGGCCAAGGAGUGUCUGCCAGAUGCUGCAGAGUGUGUGUACCCCCCCUUAGCUGGCUGCAAAGCACCAGUUGAUGUCAUCCUGCCUCAGAUUACAUCAAACAUAUGUGCCAGAGGGUUGGGACAGCUCAUCCGAGCCAGGAACAUAAAGACAGUGGGUGACCUCAGCACCCUGACAGCACCAGAAAUCAAAACUCUUCCCAUCCGCUCUCCCAAAGUUUCCAGUGUUAGAAAAGCUCUCAGAGGAUUUCAUGAGCAACAGGUAAAAUCUCGAGGGAGUGAGGAAAUAGUGGUGAUGGAAGAUGCAGAAAAGCCCAUAAAUAAUGGGGAGGAUAAACCUCUUUCUGUAGAUGAAGAGAAACUUGCAACAGAUCUGAUGGAACCCAUUGCUCUGAACACCAGUGUCCAGCCCACAGCAGAUCUUCUGAGCCAGAUCCAUGCCCUUGCUGCUCAGCUGACCUCUGAAGAGCUCCACAGCUACUCAGGGAGCCAACUUUUUGAGAUGCAAGAGAAACUUGUUGGCAUGACAAACUGUAUCAUGAAAACCCUGCAGUCCCGAUGGAAAUCCCCUCCUCACGAAAGCUCUGAGUAGGAAGGAGCAGGAUCAAGCCCCUCACUGAGAAGGGUUUUGUUACACCAGCUUCCCCCAAACCUGCUCUUCUUACAGACGAAUUAUUCUUCAAACUCUGCAUUUUGUACUAAAGAAGAUUAUUUUUUUUUAAACACCUAUA